UUCCUGCCGAGCAGCCCCUCCCUGGAAGUCUCUCAGUGCGCAGACUCGCGGCUCUCCGCUGUCAGGGCAAGGCAGAUUGACAGUAUGGCGGCGGGGUGCAGCUGGAAGGAUGCUACUGUCGCCCGUGAUGUGUCUAUCGCCGGUAGGACGUAAAUGGACUAUUGACGCCAAAAAGAGAAGAGGAUUUAGCGAGAAAGGCCUGUCGCCGUGAGCUCCAAAGAUGGCCAGGCUCGCCGACUACUUUUUAGUGGUCGGUUACGACCUCGACAAGCGAGUGGAGGGUGAAGGUCAAGGUCGCAUUCUCCAGCGGUUUCCUGAGAAAGACUGGGAGGACAGCCCGUUCCCACAAGGCAUAGAGCUGUUCUGUCAGCCCAGCGGUUGGCAGCUGGUUCCCGAGCGGCAGUCUCCCUCCUUCUUUGUAGCGGUUUUGACUGACAUCAACUCGGAGCGUCACUACUGUGCCUGCUUCACCUUCUGGGAGGGCCUGGACAACUCACAGCUGCAGAAGGCUGAGGCCAGUGAGGCAGAUGAGGUGGAUGAGGGGCCGGCCGUCGUCCAAUCAGCUCAGGUCUUUGCCCCCAAGAGCCUGGUGCUGGUGUCCCGACUGGACUACACCGAGGUGUUCAGGAACUGUCUGGGUCUGAUCUACACCGUCCAUGUAGAUGGCCUGUCUGUCCCCUUGGAAACGGUGAUUGGAAAUCUCCUCACUUGUGUCAUCCCCAUCGCUGGAGGCUCCCAGAUAAAUGAGUCCCCAGUUUGUAGUUUAGACAAGGUUCCUCAGGCCCUGGCCUGUGACUGGCUGCUGGCCUGUCUCCAGCCGGGCCAAGAGGAGAGAGAGGAGAGUUUGAGGACUAUAACGUUAGGUGCUGGCGACCGGCAAGUUAUCCAGACCCCCAUCGAUGACUCACUUCCUGUCAGUGGCAGCAGUGUAGCUCAGCUCUUCAGACAGCUCGGUAUAGUCAACGUGUUGUAUCUGUUCUGUGCCGCCCUGACCGAACACAAGAUCCUGUUCCUGUCCAGCAGCUACCAGAGACUAACAGACGCCUGCCGAGGACUGCUGGCCAUCAUGUUCCCCCUCAAAUACAGCUUCACUUACGUUCCCAUCCUGCCGGGGAAACUGCUAGAAGUCCUGAGCACGCCCACCCCCUUCAUCAUUGGUGUUAAUUCAUUCUUUCGCUCGGAGACGCAAGAACUGUUGGACGUGAUCAUCGCAGACCUGGACGGCGGCACGGUGACCAUCCCCGAGUGUGUCCACAUCUCCCUGCUGCCUGAACCACUCCUCCAGCAGACCCAGACUGUGCUGUCCAUGAUUUUGGAUCCAGAGCUGGAAAUCGCUGAUCACGCCUUUCCCCCGCUCUCCACGCAAGCCUCCGCUCUCAAGAUCCAGGAUAAGGAGAUCCGGGGAGUUUUCCUGUGGCUGUUCGCUCGCCUCUUCCAGGGCUACCGCUGGUGUUUACACAUCAUCCGCAUCCACCCAGAACCAGUGAUCCGCUUCCAUAAGGCGGCCUUCCUGGGUCAGAGGGCGCUGACAGAGGAUGACUUCCUCAUGAAGGUGUUGGACGGCAUGGCGUUUGCAGGCUUCGUGUCAGAGAGAGGGCCUCCGUACAGAGCCACUGAUCUGUUUGAUGACCUGGUAGCCAAUCAUGAAGAGCGGAUACGACAAGAGGAGACCUGUCCACAGAAAGUCAUGAACCAUGUCAGGGAGCUGGCUGAGCAGCUCUUCAAAAACGAGAAUCCUUACCCCGCUGUGGCGAUGCACAAAGUCCAGCGGCCGUCAGAAAACACCCAGAACACCGCACAGAAUCAGACGCCUUUCCCCUUGCUGGACGACGUCGCAGUGGAGCUCUUCAUCGAUCAUGCCGCCGCCAAGCUCAAGACUGCGCCUCCUGUGGUCAAGGCAGAGAUCAAGAGCAUGGUGCCCUCUGGGCCUCCACUAGGAGACACCGUGGACAGGAACGGCAACGUGAUGGCCAACAGCGCCCGCAGGCUGGAGGUGGUCAGGAACUGCAUCACAUACAUCUUUGAGAACAAGAUGCUGGAGGCAAAGAAGUUAAUGCCAGCCGUACUGAGGGCGUUGAAGGGUCGGGCGGCCCGGAUUUGUUUGACCCAGGAGCUCAAUCAGCACGUCCUACAGAACCGAGCCGUGCUGGACGACCAACAGUUUGACUACAUCGUCCGAAUGAUGAACUGCACCCUACAGGACUGCUCACACAUCGAUGAACACGGUAUUGCGGCUGCCCUCCUUCCACUCGUCACAGCCUUCUGCAGAAAAUUGGGCGCAGGCAUCACUCAGUUCUCCUACAGCUGCGUGCAGGAGCACAUGGUGUGGACCACCAUGCAGUUCUGGGAGGCCAUGUUCUACAGCGACGUCCAGAACCACAUCAGAGCCCUGUACCUGGAGACAGAGGAGGGAGACCAGCAGAACUCUGAGCAGCAGGACGGCUCAGGCAGCGGGAGGGAAAUCAGCGCCUUGGAGCUGGCGUCGGAGCAAAACCGGCUGUGGCCGACGCUCAGCAAAGAGAUGCAGGCGGAGCGCGUGCAGAAGGAGGAGAGCACGGUGUUCAGCCAGGCCAUCCACUACGCCAACAGGAUGAGCUACCUGCUGCUGCCACUGGACACCAGCAAGAACCGCCUGCUGAGGAGCUCCGGCCUCGGAGACGUGGAGAGCGUCAGCAACAGCUACGUCACAAACAGUAUUGCCGGCAGCAUGGCGGAAAGCUACGACACGGAGAGUGGCUUCGAAGAUGCCGAGAGCUCCGACGUGGCCAACUCUGUGGUGCGCUUCAUUAACCGCUUCGUAGACAAAGUGUGUAACGAGAGCGGCGUGACCAAUGAGCACCUGAAGGCUCUGCACACCAUGAUACCAGAUAUUGUUCAGAUGCACAUCGAGACGUUGGACGCAGUCCACAGGGAGAGUAAGAGACUGCCUCCGAUCCAAAAGCCCAAGCUGCUGAGGCCAACACUAUUACCCGGCGAGGAGCUGGUGAUGGACGCCAUGCGAGUCCACCUGAUCUCCGACGGACGUGAGGAGGCCACGGGGCUGAUGGGAGGUCCGCCUCUGCUCCCUGCUGAGGGCGCCAUCUUCCUCACCACCUACCGGCUCAUCUUCAAGGGCACACCCACCGAUCCACUAGUGGGCGAGCAGGUGGUGACUCGCUCGUUCCCCAUCGCCUCUCUGACCAAGGAGAAGAGGAUCUCAGUCACUUUACCCAUGGACCAGUUUGUCCAGGAGGGGCUACAGCUCCGGUCCUGCACCUUCCAGCUGAUGAAGAUCGCGUUCGACGAGGAGGUCGCCUCAGACCUGGCUGAGGUUUUCAGGAAGCACAUGCACAAGCUGCGCUACCCUCAGCACGUCCAGGGCACCUUUGCCUUCACCGUGGGUCAGUCCGGGAAGAUUUUGGUGGAGCACAAGACCAAGGACAAGAACCAGUCGCUCAAGACACUCUCCAAAAACCUGGUGAAGACUGCCAAGAGGACCAUCGGCCGGCAGUAUGUGACCAGGAAGAAGUAUUCUCCCCCCACCUGGGAGAACAGGAGCAGCUUCCAGUCCGAGCUGGACGAGGAUGAAAUCUCAGUGUCAGAGGAGGUGGACCAGAGCACCCACACCCUCUCCUCCACCAUCCGCUCAUCCGACAGACAGACCAUGAGCAACGUUGUGGAGCGCGCCUGUUGCCGCGACUACCAGCGACUGGGUCUGGGCACGCUCAGCAACAGCCUGACGCGCUCUAAGAACGAGCCUUUCAGGAUUUCCACUGUCAACCGCAUGUACACUGUCUGCAGGAGCUACCCCGGCCUGCUGAUUGUGCCUCAGAGCAUCCCAGACACGACCAUCCAGAGAAUCUGCCGCUGCUACAGACAGAACCGCUUCCCUGUGGUCUGCUGGAGGAAUUCCCGAACCAAGGCUGUCCUUCUGCGGUCCGCAGGCCUCCACGCAAAGGGAGUGGUGGGCUUCUUUAAGUCCCCGAAUGCCCCUACUGCAGUCCCCUCCCAGGCGGACUCCACCAGUCUGGAGCAGGAGAAAUACCUCCAGGCCAUUAUCAGCUCCAUGCCUUCUUACAGUGAGUGCAGCGGCAGGAACACACUCAGUGGCUUCACCUCCACACAUAUGAGCACCUCCGACUCCUCAGAUAAGUUCAGGCAGCCCAAGAUCGGAGCUCUGAUGAAGCAGGUGAUGGGCACCAAGGAGGAUGUUCCUGGAACCUUCAGCAGAGGAGCACUGGGUCAAAGGGCGAAAGUCAUCUCCCUCUCUCAGCCCAAAGUGUCUGGCAAGGCCAGGAACCCUCCUAGAGGUAAAUGGGGCAGUAUUCGAGGCAGCGGGCGUCUAAGUGCCUACAACCCAGACGUGGGGACGCGUCUGGCAGGGAAAGAGUCUCCGCAGCCCAACGGUGGGCCGAGCGAGGCGCUGUUUCUCCGCCAGCAGAGGGCUUACCUCUACAUCAUCGGAGACAAAUCCCAGCUCAAGGGAGGGAAGCAGGACUCGUUCCAGCAGUGGGAGGUGGUUCCCAUUGAAGUGUGCGACGUGCGGCAGGUGAAGAACAGCUUCAAGAAGCUGAUGAAGGCCUGCGUGCCCAGCUCCCUGGUCUCUGACCCCAACAUGAGCUUCCAGCGCUGCCUGGAGGAGUCCGAGUGGAUGGCUCUGUUACACAGGGUGCUGCAGGUGUCCGUGCUGGUGGUGGAGCUUCUGGAUACAGGCUCGUCGGUCAUGGUCAGCCUGGAGGACGGCUGGGACGUCACCACACAGGUGGUGUCCCUGGUGCAGCUACUGUCUGACCCGUACUACAGAACCUUCGACGGCUUCCGGCUGCUGGUGGAGAAGGAGUGGCUGUCGUUCGGACACAGAUUCAGUCACCGCGGGGCGCAGACCCUGGGCAGCCAGAGCAGCGGCUUCACCCCCGUCUUCCUGCAGUUCCUCGACUGCGUGCACCAGAUCCACCUCCAGUUCCCCAUGGAGUUUGAGUUCAGUCAGUACUACCUGAAGUUUUUGGCCUACCACUACGUGUCCAACCGCUUCCGCACCUUCCUGCUCGACUCCGACUACGAACGCAUAGAGCUGGGAGUGCUGUAUGAGGAGAAAGGUGAGAGGAAGAGCCCUCAGGUGUGUAAGUCUGUGUGGGACUACAUCGACAGACUCAACAAGAAAACUCCGAUCUUCUACAACUACAUGUUCUCUCCUGAAGAUGAGGAGGUUCUGCGGCCAUAUACCUUCAUCUCCAACCUGAAGGUGUGGGACUUCUACAUGGAGGAGACUCUGUCAGAGGGGCCCUCCUACGACUGGGAGCUGAGGGGCCGGCAGGAGCGCGUGGCGGAGGAGACGGCGGACAAACCCGACACCAGCGGACCCAAGUCGCAGCGACGCAUCGUGUGGCCCUGCUACGACAGCCUGAGCAAGGUGGUGCCCGACGCCAUCACCAAGCUGCUGCAGGACCUGCAGAGUCUGGAGGCCGAGCUUGGCCAGACGUCGGAGAAGUGGAAGGACACGUGGGAUAAAAUCAAGACGACGCAGAGAACCGAGACCAAACUGGAAAGCAAGCCGUCGUUCUCCAGCUCCUUGCUGAUGUCGUCCAACCUGAGCCACCAGCGGCGCUCUCAGGGUGUCUACCUACAGGAGAGCGGGGUCGGCUCCUCCAUCAACCUGGCCCUGGAAUGCGAGGCCAGCGCCACCUCCACGCCUGUCGCCGGUCGGACCAGCACCAGCACGCUCUACAGCCAGUUCCAGAGCACGGAGAGUGAGAACAGGAGUUUUGAAGGCAUUCUGUUUAAGAGAGGAGCGUUGUUGAAACCAUGGAAACCACGGUGGUUCGUGCUGGACAAGACCAAACAUCAGCUGAGAUACUACGAGAGCCGGAAGGACAAGGAGUGCAAAGGGGUGAUCGAGCUGGCCGACGUGGAGUCCGUCAUUCCAGGAACGCCGACCAUGGGAGCGCCGAAAAACAUCGACGAGAAAGCCUUCUUUGAUCUCAAGACAACCAAACGAGUGUACAACUUCUGUGCCCAGGACAGCCUGAACGCACAGCUGUGGAUGGACAGUGUUCAGAGCUGCCUGUCAGACGCCUAAGAGAGGAGGCGGGACUCUUUUUCGAAAGGAGCGAUGCAAAACCAGGAACGAAUGAGCGGUGCCGUGGCACCUGACGGACACUUCCGCUGACCAAUCCCAGUGGAACAGGGAGUGGGGCGGGGCCUUUCACCACUUAAAGCUCUGUUUCCGUUCGCUAGUGUUGAACUAAUAACCUCGUGUCACGUAUUUCAGUGUUUUUGUUAUAAAAAUAAGAAAAAGAAAAAAAAAAGUCCCUGAAGAACCACUCGCUGUCCUCUCACCAAGUAGUUGCAGCCUCCUCCACCUGACCCCACCCUCCGAGAGUCUGACCACUAUGUACGCUGGAUGUCUGUAUGCACAAAAACAAUGCAUAUUAAAGCACGCCGCUGCAUUCCUGUGAGGUGACCCGCAGCUCGGAUCAGCAUGAAGAUCUUUCCAGACCCUCCACCUUCACCUCCGCCUUUAACCUCCUACUAACCCCGCUCCACAUUUCAUGACACUCCAAGGAGGAAUGACGGAGGAGCUGCAGUCGCCCCCGUCAGCCUGGCCGCAUAGAAGACUCGUUAAGACUGCUGCAGAGAAGGAUCGAGGAGAUGGACUGGUGGGUCGACGGGACCAAAACAACCCCAGAGGAACACACGGCUCAUUAAACGUUCCUCAGUGCUCUCUGUUCUUCACCUCUCACUGCCUGACGGAGCCCAUUCGCAGUGAUCGUUGAACGUCGAGCACGUCACUGCAGCUGCAAGGGGAGGAUAAAUGGGUGGGGGUGGGGGGGAGCUCCCUUAACGGUUCAUGAAGGAUUUCAUUUUCUUUUUUGUUUUCCAAAAUCUCAACCAGAAAGAGAUGAACGGUCAUCGGCCGCCCUUCAGCAGGCGGCGAUGAUGACGGUGGUGAUAUACUGUGAAAGCCACGAAUCAGUCGCAGAGAUCAAACCGGGAGAGCCGGGCGGAGAUUGUUCCAGUCUGUCAGGUAUUGAGUGUGUCGGUGAACUUUCACUGAGAGUGUUUACAAAGUAGACGAAUCUUCCCUCACUAAGCUAAACUCGCUCUUCACCUUGCGUGUUUUUUAACCCGUACAACCACUAUUAACAUUCAAGAGUUAUUUUAAGGGACGCCGAAGGAAACAGGAGGGAUUUAUUUUGUAGUGAUGUCUUAAAAAAACAAUCUAUAGAAGGAGAUCUGGAAGGUAGAAGGAUACUAAUGAACAGAGUGAUAUUAUGGGAUGCUUUGGAGAGACUACAGUUUUUUGUUUUUUUAGAGAUGGACUCGACACAGUGCUCAAAGUGUAGGAAAACUGGAUGUUUGUUCGAGGAAACUGCAGGUAUUUCUCAAGAUAGGUCUCAAAAAUGUGUCUGUUAUGACUCCGGGUCAUGCUGAAGUUUCAUUCACCGCCUCGAUUGUUUGCUGGAGUUACAUAUUUUGACUCCGGCAAACAGAAUAAUACAUAUUUACUGUAUAGAAAUCAUUUCAAACUCUUGCCUCACAGUAGUUUUUCCUUCAUGCUUGAAAUGAGAGGGUGAGGCGAGCAUAUGUAGUAUGUAGUUGGUUGCAAUCUGUAACUUCACCACUAGAUGUCGUUAAGUCCUACACACCGGACCUUUAAACUCUGUUCUUCCUCGACCCAGCAUGGAAAACAAACUCUUUUGGAAAAAGUCGAAACACAGCACGUCUUUCUGAGUUUGUGUUUCUCAUACUUGUUCAAACUGCAGUGGCGGGUGCAGAUUUAGCAUGACUCAUUAGUCAGAAUGGACACAGCUAUGAAAGAUAGCAUAGUUUUCCUUUAAAUGGUGCUGGGACAGGGAAAGUCUGUGAGCCGGUUCCAUCACAUUCACUUGUACUCGACGUGUCGGAUCGUCACUGUGCCCAAGUAUUUAAGUUUAGCAGCCGUUAGCUUCAGUGCUUGAAGCCUGUACAUAGACGAGCGUUAGAGCGUAUAGAGACAGUAAGUUUAGCUGGAAGGUGUCAAACAUCCUUUUUGUUUUUAUGUCAAUGGUUUGUCAAACUGCCCACCCAUCUAUUCACCACUCUCCUCCACACACACGAACCACUCUGACCCACACUUGUUAACACACACCCUGCUAUGUAAAAUAAGGUUCUACUGCUGUCUUUGUUGAACAUAAAAUUUGAAAUUGUAGAUUUUUUUUUGUCUAAUAACUCCUUUGUAUAUACUACUCCAGAUUUGUAUGUAACGUUUAUGGUAGUAAUUUAUUUAACUUGUCUCCUCAGUAAGAAAGUUCCUCAAGCACCACUUUAUUUUGAAAUUAGGAAUUCAAUGUGCCAUUUGUUUAUUUCUGUAUUAAUGUGACUAAUGCUUUUUUUUUUUUGACAAAUGUACAAGUAAACCCUCAAUGUUCUUUUGUUUUUUUUGUUAAACAUGGUUGUCUUUACUCGAAACCAACCGUUAAUGCGAGAGUGGAAAUGGUGUGUUAGUGGAAGAGGAAACCUCCGGGCUGGUUUUUAAAGGCUGGUUGGAUUUUUACUGUGUUGCUCGCCCACAGUGGUGGGAUGUUCUGGACGAAGGUUACAGUCACAAUAAAUACAAUGCGUAUGAAGUCUUCCUGGUGCUCGGUUCUGCUGACCUGCCUGCUGCUCGCCUAAAGGACUCCCUUUGUGUUGAUUAGUCAGUGACGAGAUGAAACAAAUCUCCCACCAUUAACUGCUGAGUUCAUUUAGAAUGCACAGUGUUCAAGAUAUUAAAGGUGUACUAAAACGUACUAAUAUUUUUUUAUAUAUUAACACUAUGUUCAGAAGGUUUUUGGGGAAUAUGGUGUGUUCACAAACUUAAAGAGUAACUUAAACCAGGCUGUAGCCACACCCAACAGUGAUGUCACAGUGGACUGCCACACCCAGGAGUACACCUCUACAUCACACCGGCAGCAAGGUGAUGAAAAAUGCCUUGUGUAAGGUCUUUAAAUGUUUAUUUUAUCUGACCAACAGUCUGAAACAUAAAAAUAGAUUUAAUUUAUCACAAAAGACAAAGAAAAUCAGAAAAUAUUCACAUUUUCAAAAGCUGGAGUCAGAAAUGUUUUUGACAUUUUAGCUUUAAAAGAGACACAAACAAAUUUAAAUAGAUUUGCAGCUGGUGUUGAGUUGCUCUUUAAGCUCACAAGAACUUUGGGACUUAGUGUCUAGGAAAACCUUUAAUCUGUUCUGGUUGUCAUUCUCACUAAAUAUUUAAAGUUAUUUAAAGAAAAACUUGCAAUUCCUUGACAGUAGCUGUCAGUGACUGUACUAAUAAGCAUGAUAAUAAUAAUAACCAGCUCUAUAGCUAAAGUAUCUGUAGCUUCCUGUGGUCUUUUAACUGCCAUCGUACUAACACAGAGUCACUGCUGUGUUUGGUUUUUCGAGACGUCAGCAUCCAUUAACAAUUUGCUGGAGGUCUGAUGACCAAGAAAAACUGCAGCGCACAGCCCAACAUCACAACUGCACGUCGCUCAGUGAAAGGUGACCUUGUGCAACUUAAAAUAUAAUCUUCCCCCGAGGAACAGAUGGAGCAAAGCGACAGCAGGAAUCACUGUAGCAGCCAGAACCGGCCCACGGGAAGACUCCUUGUGUUGUGACUGCAGUCUCCAUCCAGUUCAGACCCAGCUCAUCUUUUCACUCUAGUUUACUCAUCUCUCUCGUGGUAACGCUCUACAACAGCUGCAUUAACCACAACAUGACAUAAUCCUUUUUUUUUAUUUAUUUUUGUUCUUUUUUUUUUAUUAGAAAGACUUUCUGAGCCGGAUUAUGUUGUCAAUCAUGUCAAUAUAGUUUUUAGAAUCCAAAUAAAAACUGUGGGUUUAAAUGUUAAUCUGUGUGUGUGUGUAUUUUGAAUCUAUAAUUCAAAGAGUUUUUUUGUGCACGUCGUCUCUGGGUUGUAGCUACUGAAUCCACAAACCUGGUGCAGCAUCUUGUAGUCCCUGUCAACUGUUUUUAAAGGACCGUACCACUGUGUACUUUUCAAUACAGCUGACCAGUGUUUAAGGGAACUUGUUAAAGUUCAUUUGAUCCUCCCUUUCAGACAGUUUUCUUUUUUUUUUUUGGUGGCCUUAAACCAUCAACUUAGUCUAAUUUUAGGCCACUUAGAGGCAGAAGAACCGGCUGUAAACACUGACAGCACACUGACCUUAUGAAGUGAGUUCCCAAACAUUAAACAUCAAAUUUAAGGACCCAAAGCAGCAAAGUUUGAAACCCAGAUCAAGGUUCAUAACUUAACCUAAUGUAGCCUGUUUACUACUGUUCAGUAAAAAAAAAGUCACUUUCUAUCUGUUCACAAAAUCUAGAAACUCGCCUUGAAUGAACCAUAUUUUCAAGACUGUCAAGGCCUUGAUUUUUCCCCCCCUUAAAUUAAAAAACAAAUGGUUUCAAGGACCCGUGAAGCCAUGGUUAUUAAACACUUUGACAUUCAGUGUUCAGUCUUUAGCUGCUGGUCUCACACGGUCAGUUACACUGCACAUUAUCCAUCAGAGCUUUUUAUGCUGUCAAAAUUGUAGUUUUAUCAUCAUGAGCAUCACCUUUCACAUCCACUGUGAGCUCUAUGAAUUUAUGAUGAGAGCAGCUUUCAAAAACAGAAUCCACCACUGUGAACAUUUUCUGCCUUUGAGGUUUUUUUUUUUUUUUUGCAAAGUCAUGUUUUUGCUGUGAGGAACUGUGUCUGCCAGCAGGGGCUGCUUCAUGACUGUCAGUGGUACAUUCAAGGACACACCGACACUUGUUACUUUCAGCACUGACAGAAAUACUGAGGCAGUGUGUCGUUCACAGGGACGGAUUCAGUCUGUGCAGGUGGAUUUUCAUAUUGUUCUGUUAAAGGCUGCCGUGAAUCCAACGAGACUUUGUACUGAGAAAAAAACAAACAGACUCUGCUUCUGUGACUUUCAUUCUACCAGCAUUAGUUAGUAUCAGAAAAUCACAGACCUCUGACCUUUACCUUUGUUACACCCGUUGAAGCGACACCUUGAGGCCACAGUCACACACAUCAAUGCCUGCCCGCUGAGGUGAACAUACUCUGCUGGUUGAAGCUGCGACUUCAGUCAAUGUUCAACUGCACGAGAAGAAAAAAGGUGUGACCGCAGCCUUCUAUCUACCUGAUCAACCAGAUGUGAAAACUGCUAUGCAGGCUUCUAAAAUAAAGAGGCAGCUGGAUCUUUGCAGAGGUGGAAAGACGACAACGACAACAACAACCAGACGGGCAAAGCCAAGCUUUUGGUAUUAAUGUGGUCAACCAGACACUUUUAAUUUCAAUUUUUUUUUUUUUUAACAAUGAUCGUAGAACCUGAUCGCUGUCAAAUGAUUUAAGUAAGUACACCAAAGAGGCCUGGAGCUCUGCAGAACCCAGACCUGUCCUCUUUCCAAUCCUGCUUCUCAGAGAGAAAUAAAAUUAAACUUAAAAAAAAAAAAAAAAAC